AUUUCGAUAUAAUGCUGUGCUUUUGAUAUUUAAUUCAGAAUCGUGCGCACCGCUAACAAGUCCGUCGCACAUGAAACACCCGCCAUAUUCCUACCAGUUGCGCUUUCGCUUUGGAGAUAAAACAACCACUCCUGCUCCUAAAUUCAUCUUUGAGAUAGAGAGUGGGUGGUCAAAAUGCAGGCAUAUCCUCAAGGCCAACAACCGGUGAUCAACCAACCAGCUGUGACGGUACAGCCAGCACCACAGACAGUAAUUCAGGUGACUCAAGUGACUGGCAAUCCCAUGAUGCCUCGCGGGCCAUCACGUGACUGGUCUACGGAUAUGUGCGGAUGCUGUGACGAUAUGACCAUUUGUCUGUGUACGACAUUUGUGCCCUGUCAUUCAUGCAUGCUGGCCGCUGAUAUGGAUGAGUCCUGCUGCGUGCCUAUGUGCAUCCCGUCCGCUCUCAUCGCUAUGCGUGCAGUUGUACGUUCACGCCACAACAUCACUGGCAACCUGAUGAACGAUUGUGCUUGCAUGACCUUCUGUGGCCCUUGCACCACCUGCCAGCUGGGACGCGAAUUGAAGAUGAUCAAGAAUGGACGCGCUAUGCCAUAAACGCAUGUCGUGACGUCACAGUCGCUGGACGACGCUACUAAGGAGACGCGAGGAAAAGGGGCGGGUGUAGCAUGUUGUAGAAUUCGAAAUUGAUUUAAUGUAAUUCACUUCACGUUCUUUCACUUUGUUAAUGGUUGUGCCUUUACUUUCAAAAAGUUUCGUAAGUAUUCACGUGUUGGUUCUUUUGACAUGGAUGUCAACUGACUCCUUUGUAGAUAUUUCAUCAUUUUUAAAUCGCGGGUUUUAAUGCCCCUUUCUAUCAUAAUUGUACUAUUCUUAUAUCUAUUGAAAGUUCAGAAUACUCUGACUGUUACUCCUAAAAGCCUCUCCUUUUUUUGAGGGGGAGAGGGGUUUCAUCUUAUCUUAAAGGGUAAAGACAUGGCACAGCCGUAUGUCCAUGAAAUUCCGGGGGCAACACUACUGGAAGUUUAUUCUAUACCGCACCGUAAUGUGUUUCAGAGUGUGUCUUUGUGUUGGGUUUUUGUGUAUAAAGGAGAUAGGUGUGUUAUUUCUCUGUGGAGUAGACUUGAAUGUCUGAUUCUAUUCAGCUUGUUAUAGACUCAUCCACUGAUCGUGGUUAAUGCACUUAACAUUGCACUAUUCGCAGUGCACCAUCAGAUUUUGUCUAUAAAACCAUAAAAACGGUGAUUAUCCUUUGAAAAUUUGCAGACCGUACCAAUUCUUUACCAAAUUGGUAUAAUAAAUGGAAUUUGGCGGUCUUUUAUUACUUGCCCAACCAUGGAUUAUGUCAAUAUUCAAUACCAAACUUUUCGCCAGAGAAGGGGGUACAAAGUUCAGUCGUUAGUAUGGUUUAUGCUUUACUUAUAGGGGUUGG